GCAGGCGCGCGGAGGGGGCGGUCGCGGGGGGCGUGGCGUGCGCUGCGCAUGCGCGGUGUCAAUGUCAGCGGCGGGCGGCAGGAUGCUGCGCGCGGGCCCGGGCGACGAUGACCUCACAGGCGCCGUCGGCCGUGACGCCGCCGGCGGGCUCCGUGACGUCACUGCUGGCGGCGGUGGCGCGCACGCGGGGGCGGGGCCGGGGGCGGCGCCCCCCCGAGGUGCCGCCGGGCUGGGAGCGAGACUUCCGGGACGCCUUCGUGCCCCUCCCCCCACGGCAGCUGCGGCACGUGCUGCUGAGGGAGUUCCACCCCUCGGGCCCCUCCCGCGCCGCCUUCCUGGCCUUCGCCGACAGCCUGGACCGAGCCCUGCACCCCCGGUACCACCGCCUGUACCUACACCUCCAGGCGCUGUACGGCCCCAUCGACCCGGACCGGGAGUCGGGGGGUGCCGCGGGGGGGGUCCCCUCGGGGGGCGGCCCGGGGGGGCCCGGGGGGGGGAGGGGCGCCCCGGGGGGGCGGCGGGAGCGGCGCGUGGUGGCCGCCCUGGCCCCGCUCCUGGCCGAGGCCAACUUCCAGCGGCUGCCGGAGGCCGCCAUCGCCUUCGCCCUCCUCGUGCAGCACCCGCACGACGAGGUGCAGGUCUCGGUGCGGCUGGACGAGUACGAGGAGAUCCAGUUCUGGGCUCUGGGGCAGCGCGUGGGGCCCCUCCCCGCCCCUCCCCCCCCCCGCCGCUGGCCCUACGGCCGCGCGCCCCCCGCCCCCCACAGGCGUUACUUCCAGCGCGUGGUGGUGGUGGCGCGGCCGCGGGGCGGGGGGCUGGAGCUGGCGUCCUUCCGCGAGGUGCCCCUCGAGGCCCUGGAGCUGCUGCUGGGGAGGGGGCGCGUGCGGACCCCCGGCCUGACCCGCGCCCGCCUCCACCUGGGGCUGGCGGCCUGGGCCACCCUCCUCUUCCUCAACCUGGGGCUGGGGCUCAUGGCCGACCUCAAGGUGGGGGCCACCGGCCUCCUCCUCGGCCUCGCCGCCCUCGUCACCUUCCGGGGGGCCAAGGCCUUCGCCCGCCGGCGCGAGGCGGCGGCGCUGGAGCUGGCGCGCAGCCGGUACCGUCGGGGCACGGCGCAGCACGGGGAGCUGGUGGCGGCGCUGAGCCGGCGGGCGCAGGACGAGGCCGCCAAGGAGGCGCUGCUGGCCCACACCUUCCUGCCCCGCUGCGGGG